UUAAAAUGGUCCAAAAGUUUACACGAAAAAAUUUGCCGCCCAAAUCGGUGUUGGUCGUGAUCAUUUUUUUUAAAUAAAAGAUUAAAACAAUGUCUUUCUCAGCUGAAGAUUUAUUUGGUGAUAUUGAUGAUCUUGAUGGAUUCAAUGAUGAUGAUAAUUCAGUUAGUGCAACUAGUAAACGUAAACAGAAUUUUCAAUCUGAUUAUAAUUCAAACAAAAAAAUUCGUCGAGACAAUUGGAAAUCCAAAAACUCAGGCACUAUUCAGUCUCAUUCGAACAAUGAAACUGUAAUUAAAGAAUUGUAUUCGGGUAUUCGCAUGACUAAGCCAUUAGUUUCGAGUGAUGAACUUCAUGAAAUGAUGCGUGGUCGUAAAAUGAUCAAGUUAUCAAAAAUUAAAUCGGCUAUGAAUAAAUCCUCUUGUGAUAUAGAAGGUGAUUGGGUUACAAUUGGUGUCGUCUUAAACAAAAUGACCAAGACAAGUAAAAACGGAAAAGAAUAUUCCAUUUGGAAUUUAAGCGAUCUCAGUUCGGAAAAGUAUUCGGUCAGUUUUUUUCUAUUCGGACAGACACAUGAAAAACAUUGGAAAAUGUCAGUUGGAGCUGUCAUUGGCCUACUGAAUGCAUCGUUCAUGGACAAAAACUCUAAAAAUCCAAAAAGUUCAGAAAUCGGCCCUUUAACCAUCGAUGAUCCUGAUAAAUUAUUGCAUAUUGGUACGUCCAAAGAUUUGAGCCAUUGCAAAGCGAUUAAAAAGAAUGGAGAUAUUUGUGGCAGUUUAAUUAUGAAUGCUGACGAUGAAUUCUGUUUGUAUCAUGUUAAGAAUGCAUUUAGAAAAUUCAGCUCGAAACGAGCAGAAAUUCAAACUACUUUUUCGGAUAAGGAACCUGAACAAUAUCAUUUUGCCAAUAAUUUUGUACCGAACGCUACAUUAAAUCAGAAUAAUAUUGUUCUUGAAAUGACAAAAGUGAAUCGAUCUCAAUUGACGGAUAAAAAACAAGUCGAAAAAGAAAGUCUGAAAAAAAUAAUCCUUAAUCCAUUGUCACGAUCAGCCAAAAAUUUGGCCGUAAUUUCGAAUUCCCCAACAAAUUCACAAUGCUUAUCAUCAUCGAAAAAAGUGUCAUCAUCACCACUCACAAGAGUACAAACCGCAUCAGAUAAACCAAUUUGUCCUCAAGACAUUUUUACACAGCUAAAAAAUUCUCAAACAAAAUUAUCCGAAACACAAAAUUUCAAAAGCGAUUCACCUUUGUUGGCAAAAGGUUAUAAACCUGGACAAAUGAUCAACUUGAAGAUUUCGACAAAUGAAAAACAAUAUAAUGCAACUAAACUAAAAGCUAUUGAAAUUUUCAAGAAGAAACAACAAGCACAAAAUACAAAAUCGAUUACAGCCAAGAAUGAAAAACUCGAAAAAAUUCUCAAAAAAGUAACCGCAUGUCUUGACGAAUCGAAUGAAGAAUUAAAAAAAGAACAGGCCGAAGCUGAAAAAGAAAAAUCUAGAUUAAUCGAAACUGCUAUGCAACGCAAAUCAAUCAACAGUUGUGUUUUGGAUGUAAUCGAACAUAAAGCUCGUGAACAACAUUUCCAGGUAUUGGAAAAACGUGAACGGUAUGAAAAUCGAUUGGCUGAAAUAACUGAAUUGAUGAUUUUAUGUUUGCAUGGAUACAGGCAAAAUACUCAAUCAUUCAAGGCUAAAUCGGGAGGAUUUCGUAAAGUUCUCAAAAAUCAAAAUCUCGAGUUUGUUAUUAUCGAUGCACCACAUCAGAUACCAAUGGGUGAACAAAAUCCCAACGAUGAACAAAAUUGUUUAAGCUGGUGGUUUUCUGGUACAAACCCCAAAUAUUUUAGCUCCAAACAUGUAUCCGAUUAUGUUGAAGGAUAUGAUGAAUCAUUGAAGAAAAUAUGCGAUACUUUCCAAGAAAUGGGACCAUUCGAUGGUUUAUUAGGAUUCAGUCAAGGAGCAUCAUUGGUUGCUUUGAUAUGUAUCCUCAAACACUUUAAUGAAUUUCCUUAUGAUUUCAAAUUUGCCAUCUUGUGUUCUGGAUUCAAGAGCCUGACAUCAAGCCAUGUUGCAAUGUUUGAUAGAUUAGCUGGUCAAAAGAUACGAAUUCCCUCGUUACAUAUAAUAGGUGAAAAUGAUCAAGUGGUUGAUCACGAUCGUUCUGAAUCAUUAGCUAAUGAUUAUUUCCAUUGUCCAUUUAUAAUCAAACAUGCCGGUGGUCACGCCAUUCCAUCUCAAGCAUCAUUUCGACCACAAUACAUGAAUUUUUUUGAUAAACUCAAUGAUUACAGUUAACUUUUUAUUUCUCAAAAAAUAACGGUUUAAUAAUAAAAAACAAUGAUAAAAAAGA